AUGAUACCUUUGAAUUCGGAUUUCUCUUUAUUAUCUUUAAAUGAUAAAAAUUGUUUCAAUGAAACUGAUAAUCAGAUAACUGGUCUACCAGUUGAUCGUCGAAAUAGUCUUUUAGCAACUACAGAAUGUUCUAAUCAUCUUUUUUGGCAAGGUCAGUUACAACUUGCACUACUUAUUAGAGACCAUUGUGUACAUAUACAAGUUCUUCAGGCUCGUUACCUUCAAGUGCCUGUAGAUGAAGGCUAUGGCAUGUUUGUGGAGAUUCGAAUAGCACCGAAGUAUGCGCCUCAGAGCACCACCUAUCAACUUCGUACUAAAUCUGUUCCCGAUUGCACUUCACCGGUUUUCAAUGAAAAGUUCUCCUUUGAAAUCUCACAUGUAACUCAUAGUCAUCGUUUAUACAUAGAGUUAUACUUAAACCAGUCAAAAUUUGGUUAUGAAAAUGCCAUUUUACUUGGAGGAAUGUCUUUUGAUGUUAGAAGAUUGAGAAAAAAGUCCGAAAAAUCUACGGAACUACUAUGUUACCAGGCAGAAAAGUCUGUGAAUUUGUUCAAAUCAUCACUCUCUCAUAACUUACAUUCGCAAAAAUCAAAUUUUGAAUACUUCACUACUGAAAGAUCUUCAAUCAAUAUACCGUCACUGGCGAAUACUGACAAUUUUCCUAAACCACAGUGGUAUUAUUUGCUUGGACAAAGUUCAUGUUAUCGUCGUCAUAUGUCUGUGGCUACAGUACCAAGUUCAUCUAAGUGUGGUAAACCGGAUACAUUCUUAUUUCAAGGGUCCCUCAAAUAUCAUUCGGAGUCCUUGACAUCUGAAGUUACUAAUGUCAUCAUCCCGUCUGAAAGUCUUUCUACAUUAUCUUCUUUACACAUCAGUGACGAACAGAACUCCCCAGCAUCCCAGACAGAAUGUUUUAAACGGUUACAGAUUACAAUCCCAAAAUCGGAAUCAGGUUAUGGUUUUACAUUGGCAACUCAAAUGAUGCUUUUAAUUUCUACCAAUUUGAAAGUACCCCACUUACAUCACCUACAUACCAAAAUUCAUUAUCCAGUGAAAAGUCUAGUGGCCUACCUACUCACCGACUAUUUCGUAUUCAUUCUGUAA